CGACCCAGUUUGAAAGUGAACCAACAGCCUCCAGUCGCCGCAGCCGCUUCGACGGAACCGCUCGACAACACAACCCAACACAACACAACAACACGAACCAUCCACACGACACAAGCACACAGCGCAGCGUGACCCAAACGACGCUCCGCAGUUCUCCUCGGCUUCCAGCUGAACUCCCUGACCGACUGUCAGAAUGAUGCGUAAAGACCAUAACAAGCCGAAGGGGAAGACGUCUGCAUACGCCUUCUUCGUCCAAACGUGUCGAGAGGAACAUCGUAAGAAGAACCCCGAGCAGUCCGUCAACUUUGCCGAGUUCUCCAAGAAAUGUUCUGAAAGAUGGAAGGCCUUGUCUCCCAGUGACAAGAAGUGUUUUGAGGACAUGGCCAAGGCUGAUAAGGUGCGUUAUAACAGGGAGAUGAAGGACUAUGUCCCACCUAAGGGCUUUGGAAAGAGGGGUCGCAAGAGGAAAGAUCCAAAUGCACCCAAACGACCACCGUCAGCGUUCUUCGUGUUCUGCAGUGAGUAUCGUCCCAGUGUGAAGCAGCAGUAUCCUGGCCUGUCCAUAGGAGACUGUGCUAAGAAACUGGGGGAGAUGUGGAGCAAACUAUCCCAGUCAGACAAACAGCCGUACGAAGAGAAGGCCCAGAAACUAAGAGAGAAAUAUGACCGGGACAUGGUGGCGUACCGUGGGGGCGGGACCUUUGCCCGGGGCUCAGGUUCCUCUGCUCAAGGAGGAGAUGAUGACGAUGAUGAAGAGGGAGAAGAUGAAGAAGAAGAGGAAGAUGACGAGUAGAAACAAGAAACCCACCGCUGAGAGACUGUGUGUGUGUGUGUGUGUGUGUGUGUGUGUGUGUGUGUGUCUGAAGAGCAGGUGUAUCAGUGUAUUCCUGUCUGGAGUCAUGUAAAGAAUGAGAACGUUAUCGGAGGUCAAAUGUCAGCUACUGAACUCGGUGUCUUGCUCAAAGACACUUCAGCGCAUAAACAAACUGCUAAUGGCUAAUCAACCCACGAACCAGCAACCAAGCAACCGGGCCUGUUCUAUUCUUAACAUGUAGUCAGCAAGUUAAAUCAGUUUUAUUUGUGUAGUCCAAUAUCACAGAUUACACAUGUGCCUCGCGGGGCUGAAGAGUGAUAUAGACAUGUUUGUCUAGGGAGCGAAGACCAAGACAGGUGGACGUCUGUUCCUGUGUGUCAUCUUCAUGGUCGCUUACCCUGCUCUGUGGCACACAUCCUGACGAGUGACUGAGUGUGUGUGCGUACAUGUGUGUGAGAGAGAGAGUGUAAUAAGUGUGUUACCUUUGAAGUGUGUGUGUGUGUGUGUGUGUGUGUGUGUGUGUGUGUGUGUGUGUGUGUGUGUGUUAGUACAGAAGUCAUCUGAUAAGAAAUACCAACUGGUCAAUAAGGCCAGAGAAAAGUAGACUCAUUUCCCUUCACUCACCGUACCAUGAACACCCCCCCUCCCCCUAGUGUAUCACCAUGGAGACCCCACACACACACACACUGAGUGAGCAGCGUUCUGAUUGGUGGAUUGGUCGACAGUGGAAACAGCGUGGAGCGACUGGUUUACUGCCAGUACAGCGUACUGGUGCCAAGAUGGCCACCAGUGGAGGGUCCACAGUACAAAAGUGUGCUGGCUCCUCUUCUUCCUCCUCAUCAUCAUCAUAUUUUUUUUAUUUUCUUAUUAAAGAGGUUUUGUGUUGUGAGUUCUCUGUCAGAGUAGAAAGACAUUCAACUUUUAUAAUAAAACAACCAGCUGAGAAACAGA